AUGACGCAGAGAAAAGAGAAAAUACUCUGCGUGCAAGAAGUAAGGUGGAGGGGCGGCAGAGUAAGGGAGAUCGGAGGUUAUAAGCUGUACCACUCCGGAAGCAGAACGGGAAGAAACAGCGUGGGUAUCAUCCUCGAUGAAGAGCUCAAGCAAAGGGUGGUGGAAGUCCAAUGGCCCUCAGACAGGUUGAUGCCAAUUAAGGUGCUAUCAGGAAAGAGUCUGAUCAACAUCAUGAGUGGUUACGCUCCACAGAUUGGCUGUGAAGAUCAAGAGAAGGAAAAGUUCAGAGAACAAUUUGAACAGAGUGUUAGAGAGAUCCCUGAGGAAGAAGAAAUCAUCCUAGGAUCUGAUCUGAACUGUCAUGUAGGAGAAACAGGAGGUUAUAAAGCAUGUCAUGGCGGUUUUGGAUACGGCCUGAAAAACGAGGAAGGAGAGACAAUGCUAGAGACAUUGGAAAGCUUGGAACUGGUCUUGGUAAACACCGGAUUCAAGAAGAGAGAUGAACAUCUAACAACAUACUGA